AUGCAGCAACAACUAACGCUGCUGCUGCAGCAGCAGCAGCAGCAGAAGCCCUUGGUCCCUGAAGCAGCAGCAGCAGCAGCAGCAGCAGCUAGCCGAACACCAAGCAGCGACACCAAUAGUCAAGGAGCUACCUACACGUCUCUAUACCGCACAGCGGAGGAGCAGCAGCAGGAGAACGCAGCAGCAGCAGCGGCAGCAGCAGCAACGGACCCCAUGCAACUGCAGCUUGACGGUGUAUGUACACCCGAGCCGUCCCCAGCAGCAGCAGCAGCAACAACACCGACACCUGCUGCUGCCCCCGCGGCUGCUGACCCGUCUGUACAGGCUGCUGCCUUCGCUGCAGCGAACCCGAUCAAGGAUGAGCCGCUGCAGGGGCAACUGCAGCAGCAGCAGCUGCAGCAGCAGCUGGAGCAGCAGCAGCAGCUGCAGCAACAGCAACUGCAGCAGCAGCAGCAGCUGCAGCCUCAGCUGCAGCACCCCGCCACGCUGCACGAUGUUACAGGGGCUGCUGAUCAGCUACCGUUAGAGCACCAGCUGCAGCAGCAGCAACUGCAGCAGCAGCAAAUGCAGCAGCAGCUAGAGCAGCAGCAGCUGCAUCAGCUGCAGCUGCAGCAGCUGGAGCAGCAGCAGCAAGAUAUGGUUUCUAUGUACCACGUCGCAGGCGGCGUAGAUGUCUCCUCUGCAUUGUUGCUACAGCAGCAGCUGCUGCUGCAGCAGCAGCUAAAGCAGCACCAACAGCAGCUGCUGCAGCAGGACUACGGCGCUGGCGUGAAGGGUUUAUUGCUGCCUCAGCAGCAGUUGCUGCCACCCACACCGCAGCAGCACCAGCUAGAUCAGCAGCAGCAGCAAGACUUGGAGCAGCAGCAGCAACGCACAGCACUUCCGAAAGUCGUGGGGGUCCGCUUCGAUAAGGUUAACAAGACGUGGAGGGCAAGCUGGUACGACCCGCAAACGAAGCGGCGCGUGGAGAGAAAAUUUUCUGUGAAUAAGUUGGAAUGUCGGCAGCAACAAGAGCAGCAGCUGGGCCUGAGGGAUCGAAGCCUCCGCAGGACGCCAGCAGCACGGAGUGUAGCUCCGAAUGAGUUUGCUGUUAAACAAGAAACACCACGCACGGCGGAUGGUUCCCGUAUUGGGGCUGAUGGCGUUGCAGCUGCUGGUGAAGCAGCAGCAGCAGCAGCAGCAGUUGGUGGUGCGGGUGGUGCUGCUGGGGGUGCAGCAUCAGGAGCAGCAGGAGCAGCAGGAGCAGCAGAAGCAAGUGAAGCAGCAGCAGAUGAGGGGCGUGAAGAUGAAGAUGAAGGAGCUGCUUCGUGGCUCCCGGGAUCGGAGGGGAGGCGGGGAUCGACACGAUCCCAGCUCCGGAGACGGCGAGUGUUUAGCAGCAAAUUUGCUGCAGAAGGAGGUGGACAGAUAAAGAGAAGCCGCCGGCCCCUUACUCCAGCAGCAGGAGCAGCAGCAACAACAGCAGCACAAGCAGCAGCAGCAGCAGCGGGAGCAGCAGGAGCAGCACCGAUACCCGCAAAGGCGCCUUCGAUGGCAGCGGCACAGGCUGCAGCAGCAGCUGCUGCUGCUGCUGCAGCAGGUAUGCCGGGGCUCGAUCCAGCUGCUGCAGCAGCUGCAGCAGCAGCAGCAGCAGCAGCAGGCCCUUGUGGAAUGGGGCAGCUGUUCGGGGGUGCUGAAUAUCUAGACGGUUCUAUUGGGUCCUUCUUAGAUGCUUACUUAAGAGGAGACACAAGCAGCAUGGGCUUAGGGCUGCAGCUGCCGAAGAUUGAUGAUGCAGCAGCAGCAGCAGCUGCUGCUGCUGCUGCGGCAGCAGCAGCAGGAGGUCCUACUGUAGCAGCGCUGCCAAACGGUGCAGCAGCAGCUCCGGUAGCAGCAGAAGCAGCAGCAGCUGCUGCUGCUGCGGGCUCACUUAUGGCGCCCAAUAGGCAGCAGCAGCAGCAGCAGCAGCAAGCUGGUGCUGCGCCGGCACUCGUUGUAAGGGUGCAGCAGCAGCAGGCUGCAGGAGCAACGCCAAGGAACGGAGACGCAAAGGAGCUCCCAGGGGGCCGAGAUAGAGAGGCGCAGCAGCAGCAGCAGCAGCAGCAGCAACGGCAGCAGCAGCAGCCUAAACUGCAGGGAGUUGGCGAUACACCCCAAGGCUUUCAGAUGGAAGGCUUAACAGCUGAGAACGGGGAGACGAUCCCGGGAGCGCCUCUUUGUGCUGCACCUUCGCCUUUUGCUUCCUUACUGGAGUUAGCAUCUGUGGGGAAGCUCGGGGCUGGCGUAGAAGGGUUUGGAGGGUUAGGGGCUCUAGGCGGAGGCUCUUCGAUGUUCUUUAAUUCUGCUGCUGCUGCUGCUGCUGCGGCUGCGGACAGCAGCGGAGUGUUUAUGCAGCUGAUGGGGGCCCCACAGCUUGCUGCUGCUGGCGGCGGGCCUGCAGCAGCAAACAACGCAGCAGCAGUCGCAGCAGCAGCAGGACUGGGAGCAGCUUUCCCUGGUGCUGGCGUCUCCCCUGCUGCUUUCGGGUUGCUGCAGCAGCAGGGUGCUGCUGCUGCUGCUGCUGCAGCAGGAGCCGACAGCUUGGGCCUCUACAAGGAGAUAAUAAUAUUUUUGCUUUUCUCUCUGCGUAAUUUUCUGGAGACAUCUUUAUCUGCUGCUGCUGCUGGUAUCCCUGCUUUAGGCAGCAGCGCGCCGGCAGCAGCACUAACCCCAGCAGCAGCAGCAGCAGCUGCAGCAGCACCACCAACCGCAGUAGUCCCUGCAAACGAUGCAGCAGCAAACGGCCAGAACAACAGCACUGCCAAUGCAGCAGCAGCAACAGCAAACCCCACAACCAGCGCUGCAUCGGACCCUGCAGCGGAAGCAGCAGCAGCAGCAGCAGCAGGAACGGCGGCUCCCGGCGGUGCCGGGGCUGUUGGUUUGCUGCCUCAGCCGGGGCAAACGCCACAGCAGCAGCAGCAGCAACAGCAGCAGCAGCAGCAGCAAUUGAAUCCUUUGGCAGCAGCUGCUGCUGCUGCUGCUGCAGCGGCUGCUGCAGCAGGACUUCCACAGCCAGGUGUCGCACACGACCAGCAGCAGCAACACCCCACAGGAGAUCCUGCAGCAACAGCAGCAGCAGCUGCUGCUGCUGCUGCUGCUUCUGCUCUCAACAUGCAGCAGCAGAUGGCCGCCGGCUUGCUGCACUUCAAUCAGGGCCUCUGCCCUCCUGCAGCAAGCUUUGCGCUUCCUACUGCUCCUCCGCUCGAUGCAGCAGCGGCAGCAGCAGCAGCGGCAGCAGCGGCAGCAGCGCCUGCAGCAGCAGCAACAGUCCCCACGCACCAUCUUCUAGGAGCGCCGCCCCUCCAAGACCAGCAGCAGCAGCAGCAACAGCAACAGCAGCAGGCGACGGAAGGGGUAGGAGCUGUUACUCUGCAAGAAGCAGCAGCACCAGGAGCUGCAGCUAUUCAAGAAGCAUCAGCAGCAGCAACUGCUGCUGUGCAAGAUGCAGCAGCAGCAGCAGCAGCACCAGCGCAAGCCGGCCCACAAGGCGAUAUGUUGGUAGCACCGACGGGAAUUGCAGCAGCAGCAGAGCAAACUGCAACAGCAGCAGCAGCGCCGGAAGCAGCAGCGCCUGCUGUAGCAGCGCCAGAGGCAGAAGCGCCCGCAGAAGCAGCAGCAGCAGCAGCAGCGCCCGCUGCAGCAGGGCCAACAGAAGCUGCUGCGCAGGAGCAGUCGCUUUCAAAGUCUCUCUUUGCGGAGGCGCUUGAGGAGCAGCAGCAGGACCAGCAGCAGCAGCAGCAGCAGGAACAGCAGCAGGAGGAACAGCAGCAGGAGCAGCAGCAGCCGGAGCACCAGCAGCAGCUUGCAUGCACAGAAGUAGGUGAUGUCUUGGCUGCUGCCCCAGGUGAGGGGGAGCUGCAGCAGUUGCCUGCAGAGAAGACCCCCGAAGCAGCAGCAGAAGCUGCAGCAGAAGCAGCAGCAGCAACAGCAGCAGGAGCAGCAGCAGAAGCAUCGUCAGGAGCAGCAGCAAGUGAAUCUGCAGCAGCAGAAGACGCUGGAGAUGAGAUCAGCGCAGCUGCUUAG